GAAAAAGUAAUGCCCUAAAACACUAUUAAAAAAAACACAACCAAAAAAAGAAAACAUGUUUACUACGGCGGGAAAAUAACCUCCAUUUUCUUUUGAUAAAUAAAUUUGGAUUUCCUUAAAUUCAAUUUUUCGUUGAAUCAAUUGAAUUGAAAUCUCUCAGCACAGUUCAGUGCCGUGCUUAGGGUUCAACAAUGUCUCGCAAAGGCAAAAACACCACCGAAGAAGAAGACGAAGACCAACAAGUAUUGCGGCGCGUGAAGAGAGAGCGCGUCAAUGCCGACGAUAACCCCCCGGAGCAGCAAAACUCCUCAAUUCGCAGAAUCAUCCGCUCCGAGUUUCUCAAACUCAAGUCUCUCAUCAAUGAGAAGAAAGAUGAUUUGUUAAACGUCGAUUCCGACAAAUUCGAUUCGAUUCUGAGCGAAUUUGAUAAGUUACAUGAUCAAGUUAAGAAGCCUCGAGAACAGGUUGCAGACGCUGAGGCGCUACUCGAUCUUACUCGCAGUUUGGUUGGAUCUGUUAAGUCUCUGGUGAACGAAGGUGUUACUCCUUCUCAGUUUGUUUCUUCGUUGAUUCAACGCUAUGCUCCUUCACCCAACAGUUCUAUUGAUUGGCAAAAGCUCGGAACUUCUGUUUCCUCUGUUUUUCUCACUGUUCAUGGAUCUUCUACCAUGCUUGGUCCCAUGGAAAAUCAGUUGAAACAGCGCAAAACAAUAGUGUCGAGGAAGCGAACGCCUCGUUCAGCUACAACUGAUAGGCCUGAACAGCUGGAUGAUGCCGUUGGAGAGGAAAAAACUGAUACUGACAAAAACAUGUCAACCAUGUUUAACAUAUUGAGGGAAAAUAAAAAGGUUCAGCUUGAACACUUAAUUUUGAAUAGAUUUUCGUUUGCUCAGACAGUGGAGAAUUUGUUUGCCCUCUCAUUCUUAGUCAAAGAUGGUCGUGCUGAGAUCAAUAUGGACAAAAACCAUUCACACUAUGUUUCGCCAAAAAAUGCUCCAGCUGCCAAUGCUGUAAUGUCAAAAGAAGUUUCUUAUACUCAUUUUGUUUUCAGAUAUGAUUACAAUGAUUGGAAGAUAAUGAAGGAUCUUGUGCCAGAUGGCAAAGAGCUAAUGCCACAUAGAGUUCAACACAGCACUGUGGAUGGCUCACAGGAAGAAAUGGAUGGUGACAAUUCCGCGCAAGCUUUGCCUGUCACUCCUAUUAGGAAGAUAUCCCGGAACCGAGGGCGGGUUUUGCAGGAGGAAAGUGUUGUUGAAGAAUCUCCUGAAUGUGAUGAUGAAGAUACUUCUAGAGAGGCUGCAAUCCGAAGGUGUAAGCGGAAACUCCAUUAAGAAAUUGCAUAUUAGGUACCAGAUGAACUUAGAAUGUACCCUAUUAGAAUGUAAAUAAUUGUAGAUCAAUGGAAGUACAAUGCCUUUUUGACUUCUUGCAAAUGCUUAGAAUGCAAACUUUCAUUUUUUUAGUGGAUCCCACUUAGUGAGAGAAGUCUUUAGCUGUUGUUGGUUGUUGUUGUGGAAUGUAGCUUCAUCUUUAAAUUGAUGAAAUGUGUAAACCUGUUAAGUGAUUGGUAAUUGCCUUGUUAAUCUUGGCUAUUUUUCUUCUUA